AUGUCCAAGCCCCCAUGGCAGGCACUGCGGGCCGUGAGCAGGGGGCGGCCACAGCGGGUGAGCAUGCAGGAGCACAUGGCCAUUGAUGUGAGCCCCGGCCCCACCCAGCCCAUCCACCGCAUUUCCGACUAUUUCCCACACUUCUACCCCUUCGCUAAGCACACCCUGCGCACCCCAGAGCCACACCCUGCAGUGACCCCUGCCAUACGCUCUGCACCCCAGCCGCAGCCUGACCCAGAGCCAGAGGGAGAUUCAGACGACAGCACUGCCCUGGGAACACUCGAGUUCACGCUUCUUUUUGACGCGGACAACAGCGCCCUGCACUGCACGGCUCACUGUGCCAAGGGUCUCAAGCCACCUGCCUCGGGCUCUGUGGACAUCUAUGUCAAAGCCAAUCUGCUGCCAGGGGCCAGCAAGGCCAGCCAGCUGCAGACCCGCACAGUUCGGGGCACAAGGGGGCCUGUCUGGGAGGAGACACUCACCUAUCAUGGCUUCACCCGCCAGGACGCUGGGCGAAAGACUCUGCGGCUGUGUGUGUGUGAGGACCCAUGGCUGCGGCGACGGCGGCGGGCGCUUCCCCUGGGGGAGCUGAGGGUGCCCCUGAGGAAGCUGGUGCCCAAUCGAGCCAGGAGCUUCGAUGUGUGUCUGGAGAAGCAGAAGCUGACCAGGAGGCCCAAGAGCCUGGACACAGCCCGUGGCAUGUCCCUGUAUGAGGAGGAGGAGGGGGAGGCCGCAGGGGAGGAGCGCGGGCGCAUCCUGCUGUCCCUGUGCUACAGCUCUCGGCAGGGCGGCCUGCAGGUGGGCGUGCUGCGCUGCGCCCACCUCGCCCCCAUGGACGCCAACGGCUACUCGGACCCCUUUGUCCGCCUUCUCCUGCGUCCAAAUGUGGGGAAGAGAUCUAAAUACAAGACCAGUGUUCGGAAGAAGACCCUGAACCCCGAGUUCAAUGAGGAGUUCUUCUACACAGGCCCGAGGGAGGAGCUGGCCCAGAAAACGCUGCUGGUGUCUGUGUGGGACUAUGACCUGGGCACAGCUGACGACUUCAUUGGCGGGGUACAGCUGAGUAGCCAGGCCGGCGGGGAACGCCAGCGGCACUGGUGUGAAUGCCUGGGCUGCAGUGACUGCCGACUGGAGCUGUGGCACCCGCUGGAUGGCACGCCCCUCCCGCUCGAUGACUAG